AGAGACGGAUAAAAUGCUAUGUACGGAAGAGAAAGCAUUACAUGCACAAAUCUCUCAUCCCUUUCAACCUUCCAGGCAUCAGUGCUAAGGACUGGCUGGAUUAUUGGCAACCACUAAUGGGUCUGCGCUGGGACUAGCAACUCACACCAGUAAGAGCCAUCGUAUUCCCUACUGGAACUGGAAGUUCCCUCUCUCCAACUGAAACCAAAAGUCCCUGGAUGUAACUGCUGGAUUCACCCCAAGGCAAAGUCGGCGGCCAGAAGCAGAUGCCCAGCCACCUGUCCUACCUGCCAUCCUGGCUGAGUUGGAUUCAGAGCACGUAACUCAGAGAAAUGUACCUGUCACUGCUCGUUUGCGGCUUGUUCUAAACGAUGACUCUCGAGGAUCCGUAUAGUGACAGGAAAUAAAGUACAAUACUGCUAACACUGCAAGUGCCAUGUUGCUUUGAGGCCCAGUUAAUUGAAACAGAUGUUGAGGACUAUACUAAAGUCCUUGGGAACUACAGUUGGACAUAGAUGGGAGAUCUGCCCCUGGUUCCUCUCUACUGACAGACAAUGCCGGUUUCCAUCAUGGCCUCUGAUAGCGUCAUGUCCCUCUACUGGGAAGUCUUCCCUCCAAUGCCCACUUGCCGCGUCUACUGCACUCCAGCCUACCAAGAUGGGCACCUUUAUGUCAUGGGAGGCUGCAGCAAGACAGGCCUUCCCUUGGACGCAGUGGAAAUGUUGGAUGUGGUCUCACAAACCUGGACUGUGCUACCACCACUGCCCACUGCCCGGGCCGGAGCUGCCGCGGUUGCUCUCGGUAAGCAGCUCUUGGUAAUUGGUGGUAUGAACUCGGAGCAGUGCCCUUUGGCAACAGUAGAAAUUUACAACAGCGACGAAGGCAAAUGGGAAAAGAAAGAUUCACUCUGCCAGCCAUCUAUGGGAAUCAGUGCAAUCGAGAAUGAAGGGAAGAUUUAUGCACUCGGAGGAAUGGCUGCCGACACAUCCCCUCAGGCUUUGGUUAGAGUCUACGAGCCAGCAAAAGACAUAUGGCUGCAGCUCCCCUCCAUGCCUACGCCGCGCUAUGGGGCCUCCACCUUCUUGCGUGGGAACAAAAUCUAUGUCUUGGGAGGACGUCAGGGAAAACUUCCUGUAACGGCAUUUGAAGCCUUGGACCUGGAGAUGAAGAGCUGGACUCGAUAUCCCAGCAUCCCAAGCCGGCGUGCCUUUGCCAGCUGCACUAUGACUGACAACUGUUUUUUCAGCCUCGGUGGCCUGCAGCAGCCCGGACCCCACAAUUUCUACUCCCGACCUCAUUUUGUCAGCACGGUAGAGAUGUUCGACUCGGAGCAGAGUAUCUGGACUAAACCAGGUCGCUCUAUGAGAAUGAGAGAAAAGAGAGCUGACUUUGUAAGCGGUUACUUAGGAGGACGAGUGGUGGCAGCUGGAGGACUAGGAAACCAGCCAUCUCCUUUGAGUUCAGUUGAAGGCUACAACCCAGUAAAGAAAAGAUGGGAGACUUUGCCAUCCAUGCCAACAGGCCGCUGUUCAUGUUCAAGUCUUCAGUCGAACAAUAUACUUUUUGUGAUUGGAGGUGUGGCACAGGGACCCAGCAGUGCAGUGGAAGCUCUUUGUGUUUUAGAAGACGUCUGAAGGACAUUUCUACCAAUAUGAAGUGACAAAAAAAUGGCCCUGGCUGUAAGAUAAGUGCCUGAGCAUCUCUUGUUAAGCAGAGGGCCAGCCAAAAUGCUGGAGAAAGUCAAAACCUACAGGUGAACGGAUCAUUGGGCACACCAUGUGCUUAUGUUUAAGGGAUUAUUUCAGCAUUUAGUUGAACUGAAGGAAGGUUUUCAAAUAGGUAGUCACCUGGUCAAAGACAAUAGUAUGUAUGUACGAUGUGUACUUGGUUUCACUAUAUGGUCUAACCAACAAAGGUUGAAUGUUAUGGUUUCAUGUGCAGGAAGGUGGUGUAGUAUUUAUUCACCAAAAAUGUUCUAGCUGUUACGUUUCUGCUGUUCAAAAAGACAAUUCCCUCCAGUGAACAAUGUUUGCUACAUGUCCCACGUGCUGUAUGGUACAGUGUACCCUCCAGGUCCAGAUCAGAUAUUCAUUAGGAAAGAGGAAUUGCUACUAAGAGCACAUGAUGCAUCACAUGGCCUUGGGUAAAUAUAAAGGACAAUUUAUUACACUGUGUACUAACUGUUAGAUAUUUUUGUGCUUACAGCAGGAAGCAGGGAUGUUCCAAUGGCUGGCCUCCAGCUGUCUCAAUAUCUCAAUAUCUAUCAUCAUCAAACCUGCAGUUGGUUAAACUGCAACUCCCAAACCAAAGCCCUCCAUGCAAAGUAAGUUGUAGUUCAUCAGCAGCUGGAGGGCCACAAUAUGGCUAUCCUUACAAAUAAAUGGGAAAGGUGGGAAUAGUUCCGCUAUCAGUAGUGCCUCAUAUUAAAUAGUUCCAAGCUGUAUUUUGAGCCUUUCUCUUCAGCUCUGCCUUUAGAUAAAUCUGCCCCAGAGCAAGAUGUUUUUGGCAGUGUAGAACUGUGUUAUUCUCACUAUUUACUAAAACUCUAACAUUUCUCAUAUUUUUAUUUUUAAAAAUUCGACUAAACUCACUUCCACAAAUGUCUGAAAAAGUCUGCAUGGGAAAAAGUUGCAAGAAACUGUCUUCAAAACUCGAAUUUUUCGAAUUGCUGCACAAAAACCAGCAUCAAAAAUCCGAAACCUCUAAAGUUUCGAGGCAUAAGAAGGAUCUUUCAGGACUUUUACAUAAUCUUGGCAAGUUUUAGCUGGCAUAUUGUCAGAUUCGAAUUUAUAGACAUUUGGUUGCAUAGUGAUUCUUGA